AUGGAGUCCUCUCCUCCAAGAGCAGGCACUCAACUGCCUCCUGUGGCCGGUGUGAAGAGGCCUGCUUCUCUCCUCCCAGCCUUCGAGCCCUCGUCGUCCCCAAGUCUUCCUCGGCCGUUAAAACGGCUGGCACGAGAAUCCGGAGACGAUGCAUCGACGUAUCCAACCCCCGUUCCCACUUCGUCUACUGCAAUAAUGACUUCCUCCCCUGUUCGCUCCAAUCCACGCCGUCAUGGACUUACAAGAACGCACUCCAUGGCUUCCGAAAGAGCUCCAUUAUCUACUGUUCCUUCGAUAACAUUGCCCCAGUCAGGGGAGUGUAUUUUAAUGGGUAGAUCCAGCGGUUCUUGUCAUUUUCAGUUAUCAGCCAGUCGAUUGAUCUCACGGGUCCAUGUUCAAGCCGCAUAUAAACCCUCAUCCAACCCCUUUGAUCGAGAAAGAAUCGAGAUUCUUUGUACCGGAUGGAAUGGAAUCAAGUUACAUUGUCAGGGGAAAAAGUAUGAAUUGAACAAGGGCAAAACAUUUACCUCUGAUAUCAAAGAUGCGGAUGUCAUGAUCGAUGUGCAGGAUGCUCGAGUGUUGGUCCAGUGGCCGAGACAGGAACAGAAAGAUUCCUCCUCGACCAUUAACUCUGAUCAAACCUGGGAAGAGGCCUCUCCUGUGAGAAAGCUUCGUACCGCCUCACAUCCGCUCCCGAGCAGCCCUCUACGAAGCCGGGGACGGCUGGCUUCGCCAAUAUCUCCAUCUCCUGCUGUACAAGCCCUCCUGCCUUCUGAAGCUCCAUUGAUGACCCCCAGCCACUCAGUUCAAAGUGCCGUGGUUGUAUAUGAGGAUGAACCGUCUCCUAGUCAUGAUCAAAAGCUCUCAAGCUCGGCCUCUCAUGCUACACAGGUGAUUCCCAAUCCUUUCAACAUCGAGAACCGAAAGGCCUCCGUGUCUGGCUCCUCCGAGGGGAAAGUGGAGGAUCUAUCGGAACAUGACGAGGAGAACGAUCCCAUCAUCCACUCUUUCGGGCCCUUUGGCGAUAAUAUACUUCCCCGUCUGGCUUCAUUCUCCGCGAGAGAGUCACCAGUCAGGUCUCCUCGUGUCAGCACGCGGAAACCACCCGUCCAACUCAUCCCCCAUGACGUCGCUAAACCUGCCAAGGCAGACGAUGGUGACUCCCUCAAGGAGAAGGCGCAGAACCACAUCGUGAAUCAGCUUGCCUUUUCUCGAUUAUCAUCCAGCCCGCUGUCAACGAUUCUCAGUCACCUUCCAUCCGAGCUGUGGAAGAAGACAACCACCUCCGACGGCGCCUUUUCAACCCCGGAGAUCAAAUCCAUUAUAGAGUCGACCGCAUGCAUUGGCAAAGUGAGCCGGGAAGGCAAAGAUGCUGCUGGCAAACCUCUGGAAAGCGAAUAUUACUACAUCCCCGACUUGGAUGAGGAUGAGAAGCGAAAGGAGGCUGUUGUUAAUGACUUGAUGAAGCCCGGUCUGCGGAGCUGUAGGAAGCAACACAAGGUUCGAUUUCUUCCAUAUGACUCAUCCCCUCCACCAGCAUGUGCCCAUUUCGUUCGUCUAGGUGCAUUGGUUUUAUUGACUCGAUUUCAUUCAAUAGCAAUACUACUGGCGAAAACCCAAAUAGUCGAGAUGCGAAGACAUCCUCCCGUUCACUUGCUCAAUUGA